AUGGAUUACGCCGAAAUCGAUGAGUCCGAGUACCGCCGGCAGGUCCUCUUAUUACCAUCUGAGGAAGCCGAAAUAGCGCGUCAGCAAGAAUUACUCGAUGAGGCCCGCCGCCUGAACGUGCCAGGCGUCGAGCUGGUCGCAUCGUUGACUGCAUCUAUGGAUCUCUCCUCUUUCUCACCCAUCAACUCGUCCACUCGAUCUUCCACCGAGCCCGAGCGCAACUCCGGAUACGAUAUCACACCGUCCCACGAGGGCCCCUCAAUCGAUGUCCUCGGUUCGUCUCUCUCCGAAUUUACUGUGUCCUCCGAACCCAUUCACGGUGGUAGUGUUCGCUCGAUCGCCUCACUGUCUACCCGACCGACAUCUUAUAGCUCAUGUGAGGGAGUCUCGAGACUGAUCCCGGGGAUAGAUACAAAUCUGCUGGCGGGGGCGCCGGGCAACCGUCAUUCAAUGAUCAGCAUGAUCCCAAGUCAUAAGAAGGAGAGACGGAAAUCAACACUGAAGUCGGCUAUGGAAAAGAUUCAUUUUCGCAGGAAACGGUCGCCGUCUGGAGUGCUGCUCCCCCCAGCGGCGCAGACGCAGAUCGCCAUCGCCAAAGGUGACAAAGGCAUCGAGCAGGUACUGGUGGACGCGCAGCAGUCGGGGUCUCGGAAAUCUAGAUCAUCGGGCGACGGGAAUGGAAUGCUGCGGAUUGAGAUUCCCGCAUUCGAUCAGGAGGCCCUACAACGAAGCCAGUCCGAUAUGCAGUUGCGUCAAAUGCGCGAGCGUCACGUGAUGGAACUCAACCGACAUAAGAUUUUCCAGGCUAAUUUUAUGCUGCGCCUCCGCCAAACUCAGCAGUCGGUCGUAGCCGACCGGCUCGCAGUGAAUAAGAGCCUUGAAGCCGAGAAACGCGAAAAGAACUUGAACGACGCUGCUCGAAUGGAAGAACGACAACUGACGAUCGAAAUGGACCAAAUGCGGGAGUUCGAACGGGCUAAAAAUUCUUCACUGACUCGUAUAAAGCAUAUGGAGGGAUACCUCAAGAACCUGAAUUCCAGUCCACCCCCAUCGCCCGGAGGGAAAGGCUCGGAGACUACCCCCGUCCGGACAUAUACAACCCGACAAAAGGAACAGCUCUUGCAGGAGUACCACAACCAGAAGUCGAUGGACCAAUUACACGAGGCCAAGAUAAAAGUACUCCGCGAAAGACAAGAGGUUCGAUUGCAGGAGGCCGUUGCCCGCAUGGCAAGAGAACUUGACGAAAUGAUCGACAAGCACGCCUUGGACUUUGCGCGCAUACUGCAGAAUCAUCAGGAGGAAGAGCGAUCUCUUCUCCAGACAUUCGACAAAUUGAUGGCCCGGCUGAUGUGUCGAUGGAACCUGGAGGAGGCGAUCCUGCGAACAAAACUGGAAGCGCAGCACGGAAAGCCUUUCGGUCCCCUUCCUCCUAUAUCACCAUCAUUGAACGACCCGAACUGGGAGACGCACGAUUCGGCCAUCUGUGUGGAGGAGCAGACUGGUGCUGCCAGCGCUUGA